GAGGAAGGCGAAGGAGCGCCGCCCAGACCGUGACCGCCGCUUCGGGCUCUCAACACCUCCUUUGUUGGUCUCUUGUAGCUCCUGUGGUCACUGGUGGUCGGGGGAGUAUAGUCACAAGCCCCAUUACUAACUGGAGAAGGUUCAUUAUAAACCAUUACCAAGAGAGGACUGUGUGUGGUGGCAGAAACUUCAAAAUUUUUCAAGUUAUGUCAAAUGAAGUGAAAACAAAUAGUGGAAGCAGCAAGAGUCGUUUACCUGCUCCUAGUAGUCGAAUACCAGCCCCUGGAAGCAGACCAGCAGGAGCAGCAGUGAGCAAGGCAUCGGGAUCAGUUGGACGACUGCCACACCCCACGGCAGUCAGACCCUUAGGCCCCUUGAAGAUGAACACUUCUCGCCCUUCUGACCAAAUGACAGACCAACAGGAUUCACAGAAGUCCAGUAAACCUCUGGGAGCACAGAGAAGUAGUGUGAGUAGAGGAGUCUUACGAAGUGGUUCACGUGGUGUAUCCAGAGCUUCAUCAUCAGCGAUGAGUCGUAGAGCGGGGUCCUCAGGAUCAAGCAGGAGAGACACUGACUCCGUGGAUGAGGAUGGGACGAAGACACCAAAACUGAGCCCGCCUCGCAAGCCAGCUUCUAGAGGUUACAGUUCUGUUCGAGCAAGAAUUCGUGUUCGUGGAGGAAGACCUGUGAUGCAAGGGUUUGCCAAUGUUGGUAGUGUAUUUGAUACAGCCAAAGGAGAAGAACUACAUCCACAGAUCAUAAGAAUGGCAAGAAAAUCAGGGCAACUAAAUCUGUCAAAUAGAGGAAUGAUUGAAGUGCCUGAUAAAGUAUAUCAUAUUCAUGAGAUGGAUGGUGAAGAGGCAAAGAAGUUGACAAUGAGUAUGACGAUGGAUGGCAGUGAUGAUGAUCGCUGGUGGGAGCAGACCGACCUCACUAAGCUUUAUCUCUCAUCUAACCGUAUUAGCAAUAUAUCUCCAAAGAUCAACAAUCUCCUCUCUCUCCAAGUUUUAGAUCUUUCAGACAACUGCCUAACAACUCUGCCAUCAACAUUUGGAGACCUGACGUGCCUUCACCGUCUAAAUCUUAGUCACAAUCGCCUUGAGGAAUUACCAGCAGGUGUAUUCCUUCUUUCUGAUUUAAGAUCUCUUCAGCUCGAUCAUAAUAAUCUCAAGAUACUCUCGGAGGACUUGGGAAACUUGAAUGUUCUAGAAUAUCUGGAUGUUUCGCACAACUCCUUAACAGAACUUCCGUUGAGCAUUGGUUACUUGCAGAGACUCACCAAAUUCAAUGCUUCUGAGAAUCAGUUAAAAGAACUUCCACCUGAGAUUGGAGAUUGUUUUGCUCUGAGUCAACUUGAUUUGAACCAUAAUCAACUAGUGGCCCUUCCUUCUUCCAUUGGAAACUUAAGAAAGUUGGAGCAACUUUACCUUCGGCACAAUAGCAUUCAAGUUUUACCUCCAUUGCACAGCUGUGCUUCCUUGAAGGAAUUGCACUUAGGAAAUAAUUUUAUCAAGGAGUUGGAUGCUGAGCAACUGGGAUACCUGACUGGUAUUAGUGUCCUUGAUGUACGUGACAAUCAGAUUGAUGACUUACCUGAUCAGAUCACACUUCUUCAAGGUCUCGAGCGUCUAGAUAUCACCAAUAAUAACUUAUCUACGUUGCCAUAUCACAUUGGUCUUCUACCCCACUUAAAAUCCAUGCCAUUAGAAGGUAACCCCAUGCGACUCAUCCGUCGAGACAUUGUCCAACGUGGCACUGUCCAACUUCUUAAAUAUUUACGAUCAAGGGUAUCGGCACCAAUUAAUACAUUUCCUGGCUUUGAAAAUAGUGCAGCUGAUAGCAAUUUGCUUCUGGAAAACAGAUCAAUCCCGGACAAAUACCAGAUGAGAAAUACCCAAACAUUGGCUUACAAUGAGAAGGCCUCGGACAUUCCAGAUGUGUUAUUUGAAAAUGCUUCUGAGGCCAGAGUGAGGACAGUUGACCUUGGGAAAAAUCAGCUGACACAAGUUCCUGAUAAAUUGGUUAUGCUGUCACAGCACGUAUCAGAAAUCAUGCUGGGGAUGAACAAACUUACGUCUCUUCCAUCGUGGAUUGGAAAUUUCCAGCAUUUGCAAUUCCUUGACUUACAAGCAAACCAGCUCCGUGAUUUACCCACUGAUUUGGCCGAGCUAUUGUAUCUUCGUGAGAUAAACCUUACAGCUAACAGGUUUGACCAAUUGCCAGCUUGCCUUUAUGAAAUGGCACAGUUGGAGAUACUGUGUGCUGCAGAUAACCAGAUCAACGCACUUUAUGUUGAAGGUGUGAGCAAGUUGAAGCGUUUGGCAACACUUGAUCUACAUAACAACAAUAUAGAUUUUGUUCCUCCACUUCUAGGAAACAUGACACAGCUCAAGAGUUUGCAACUUCAUGGAAACCCGUUUAGAGUGCCAAGAAGAGCUAUUCUGGACAAAGGUACUCAUGAAAUCCUUGACUACCUGCGCUCAAGAAUUGUUACUGAAUAAAUGGUAGACAACAAAGGACUACACUAGAAUUCAAAUUGUAUUUAACCCUUAAAGGUCUGUUAUCAUCAUCCGUCAAUCCUGGGCUAAUUGGUUAUUGUCAUUUGUUGAUUUUAGCCAUCUGACAGUUUUUAUACAAAAGAUGUCGAUAUACUUAGAAUUCAUCUAUAUGGAUGCAAUAGUUUAGCUAGACUCAUGAAAAAAUUAUGUUAGAAUAUUUAAUUGCUUACUGUGUGAUAAGGUUAUCUUGCACUAGUGACAUGCAAUUAUCAAUAAAGCACAUUAUCUUUUCUGCCAGUGUUUGAAUGUAUUUCACGAUGACGCUGCCAGACAGAAUAGCAGCAAAACACUUGUGUGUGUGUGUGCCAGGGACACGUUUGUGUGUUAUAUAGGUGCAUAUUUUACAUUGUAGGCCCAUAUAUAUAGUGUACUCAUUGUUUUUUGUCAAUUAUGUGUGCAUAAAAUAGUUAUUCAAUACAAAAAAUAUAUAAUGUAAACUAAAAACUGAAAUGUAAUGUAAACUAAUAUGUGAAACCAAGAACAUAAAAAGCCA